AAUUCCCACAGCUACGGUGUGUCGGUUUACAAUUUAAAAUGGGUUUGUUGUCGAGAUUGGCGAUGCCAAACACUCUACGGACUACUAAUUACCUGCUCCGCAUAUCCCUACCAUUAUUGCAUCACAAGACUAAAACCCUCAGCUACCACUAGCGAACAAGUUUAUGUCUGUAGUCUACGAGUAGAUUGUCAAGAAGCACCAGCAAAUAAUGAAUAUUUCAUUAAGCCAGCAAUAUCAAACCUUCAAUCCACAUUCUCUAAUCUUUUACCAGCGGGCUCAGAGGGGAAUAUCAAGCACAGCGUCUCCCGAUCUCAUGGCGAUCACAGAUACCACCGAUCAUUUGGUAGUACACCGUUUAGCUGAUCCCGUACCACUAACACCACCAAUGUUUCUUGCAUCGCCGAAGACAAACGAAAUUCUCCGGAAGAAAGGGCCAUUGCAGACGGUGGGUGCGGGCGGUUUCACAUUGAAAAGGAGGCUUGGAGACGACUCACAAAGUCGAAUAGGGUGGGUGAGUAUGAGGGAGAAUAGCGUAUCAAUAUUGUUCGAUUUUCCUCUUUUUGCGGAAAAGUUUGGGUCGUGUUGCUGCAGAGCCAGUACCGUAGAACGUUACGCGGCAGAUGCAGUACGUAUCCAAUCUCGACAGAGUUCUGACAUGCGCGGUUCGGCCUCGUUUGUGAAUGUGUGCAGCAGGUGUGGUCGGCCAGAUCUUGAUCGAGGUCUGGGGUUUGAGCUGGUUAUUCAGGAGUACAUACUCAGUUGUAACCAGUUCAGCAGCCUCAUGGCCUCACAAAUUUACUCGUGAAUAUAUAGUUGUAGGCAUGAAAUACUAGCAAGGAGCCUACCGUCUGUACAUAUGAAAUGAGACGGCCAAACAAUGUUAUCGUCACCUUUGCAGACGGGUAGACGAUU